UGAUUGUUUUCCGAGAAGAAAUAUAUGAGCAAAAAUGUAUGGCUAAUUUCGAGCCGCUAUAUCCAUACCUAACCCCGUUGAAUUUUCAGACACUAUAAAUAAGAUGAAUGCCAGCGUGACACAAACUACUGGCAUCCUUCUUUAGCACCUUUAUGGCCUCAACCAUGGAUGAUAGCCGUCACAAAGACGCCACCUCCUCAUCUACUUGUUUCUCUCACUUUUGCUCUUCAGCUCUUAGAGCCAAGACCCUCAAGUCAUCCUCCUCCACUAACAAUUCUAGCGAUGGCCUUAUCCGCCGUCUCGGCGUCUUCGAUCUCAUCCUACUCGGCGUCGGCGCCUCUAUCGGUGCCGGCAUAUUCGUUGUCACCGGAACCGUCGCUCGUGAUGCCGGUCCAGGAGUGACUAUUAGUUUCAUACUCGCGGGAGCAUCGUGUGUGUUGAACGCGUUGUGCUACGCGGAGUUAGCUUCACGGUUUCCCGCCGUAGUCGGAGGCGCGUACUUGUACGCGUACACGGCCUUCAAUGAAAUUACGGCUUUCCUUGUAUUCAUGCAAUUAAUGUUGGAUUAUCAUAUCGGAGCAGCUAGUAUUGCCCGUAGCUUAGCUAGCUACGUGGCUACCAUUUUCGAGCUCAUCCCUGCUUUGAAAGGAAACAUACCUCCCUGGGUUGGUCAUGGUGGUCAAGAAUUCUUUGGAGGAACUUUGUCUAUCAAUAUCCUGGCUCCGAUUCUUCUUGCCGUGUUGACUGUUAUCCUCUGUCUUGGUGUUGGAGAAUCUUCUGCUGUUAAUUCUUUCAUGACUGCAGCCAAGGUUGUCAUCGUUAUUUUUGUCAUUAUUGUUGGAUCUUUUAAAGUUGAUGUAGAUAAUUGGUCUCCUUUUGCUCCCAAUGGUGUUAAACAUAUAUUUACGGGAGCAACCGUAGUAUUCUUUGCAUAUGUUGGAUUUGACGCGGUUGCUAAUUCUGCUGAAGAAUCAAAGAGACCUCAGCGCGAUUUGCCAAUCGGAAUCUUGGGAAGUCUGCUUGUAUGUGUUAUUUUAUACGUUGGUGUUUGCUUGGUGCUCACCGGGAUGGUACCUUACAACCUCCUUGGCGAAGAUGCUCCUUUAUCUGAAGCGUUUACAUCCAAGGGUUUGAAAUAUGUUUCUAUUUUGAUCAGUAUUGGAGCUGUUGCUGGGCUUACAACAACCCUUCUAGUUGGUCUAUAUGUCCAGUCUCGCUUAUAUCUUGGGCUUGGAAGGGACGGUUUACUGCCUUCGAUAUUUGCUAAAGUGCAUCCGAUACGCCACACACCUAUUCAUUCUCAAAUCUGGGUCGGUAUCAUUGCUGCUGUUUUGGGAGGGCUGUUUAACGUGCAUAUACUAUCACACAUUCUUUCAGUUGGCUCACUGACAGGCUAUUCUGUUGUUGCAGCCUGUGUUGUAACGCUUCGCUGGAAAAAUAACACCGGAAAUCGAGUUUUUUCAAAGUGCAUCUCAACCUGGUGUGAAGGUGUCCUAUGUAUUUUCCUAGUGGCAUGCUGUGGUUUUGCUGCUGGAGUUCUUUAUCGUUUUGGCACUCACUUUAUUUUUAUGAUUGUUGCGGUGGUUAUAGCCAUAAUGGCUUGUGCUGCUCUUUGUUUCCGUCAGGCUUAUUCAGAUCCUCCAGGGUUUUCUUGUCCAUGGGUUCCGAUUGUGCCAUCUGUUUGCAUCUUUUUCAACAUAUUCCUGUUUGCUCAGUUGCACUAUGAAGCAUGGAUCAGAUUCAUCAUCCUCAGCAUAGUAUCUGUAGGUAUUUAUGCAUUUUAUGGACAGUAUCAUGCUAAUCCCCGUUUAGAUGAGACAAUUAUUUACCAUAUGGCGCCUGAAGAAGAUAGACACUGAGCAUUAAUGUACAGUCACCAAUAGUUAUUGGUGGGACUUGUAGUCUAUCAUCCUAUUAUUGCACAAUCAGCUUAUAAAAUUAUUAGUGAUCAUAGAUGUAGGUUUCUAUUAGAAAAUGUUGGCAUCUCUGCUGACUAAUAAACAAAGUGUAUUUACACGGUCUUCUCUACAGUACAUUUAAUUUCUUACCAACUAGGUAGGUUCUCCUCGAGCUGUCGUUUUUACAACUGUUAAGAUACAGAUUAAUUUGUGGAUCAUUGACUUCUUGUGGUGUUUGACUGUUCUACAAUGCAUACAUUUAUGUCACAUGGCUAGAAUUUUAGUUUCGUAAGCUACGUGGUUAUAGGUGAUUCUUUUGCUUCAAAUCCACUUAAGUUCGCCUACCUCUUGAAAAUGAAAAUUUAAAAGUAAAAUUAUUCAGAAAGACAAAGGGAUUUGAAUCAAACAGAAAUGCCAUAAGAAAAUUAUAGCACACCAAGUGUUUGAAUAAAUACUCUAAUGUAUUUUAUAACUCUAAAUAAAAACAAUAGGAUUAUUACUAAUGAAAGAGGAAGAUUUUAUUUAUAGUUGAGUUCUUUAAGAUCUAAUAGUAAAUAUCGGAUUACAUCGAUAACUAAAAUUAGUGUCUAUCUACAAAUUGAGAGUCUAAUGGAUUUAAACUCUAUACAUUUUUAUCUAUUAGAAUUUACAAUAAUUAUCUCGCUAAUUCUAAUUUUAUUGGAGUGAUUCACCAAUUCAUCAAGCAAUCAAGUAGAUGGGUUUUUUCAUAUGUUUCAUGAAUCGAGUUAGUUCAAGUGAAUUAAAUAAGUCACACUUAAGUAGUCGACCUCUAUGUGAGGUUCUAUGUGCAUUUGUCACGAGCUUUGAUUUGCGACUCAUGAUAUUCUCCUCCAUCCAUUCUCGCAACGCCCUUGUCACGUCUUCAAAAUGAAAUCGGGUUGACUUGUCUCAAAAUUGUUUCGAUGCCUCAGUUGAUUUCUAACUAGUCUCUCUGUCCUCUUUGUCAGAUAGUUUCGCCCCUCAGAACAUUUGUCUCGGGUUAUGUCUCCGCCAUCGUUUAACUCGAACUGCAUUUCUCUUUUGUACAUCUCGUUUGCAAGAGCUCAUCGCUCUUACUUGCCUCCAUCGUGACAUGUCUUCUAUAGAGAUCCAAUCACUACUUCAAUAUACCUUUUCUAUCAUUCGUAAUGAGAGGUUCCACUUCUGGAGGCACCUCUUCCAUCUAGUAGAUCAGAACGUUAUAUCUUCACCCUUUUGUUGCCAGAAUGUGCGUUGCUCCUUUCAACGUUUGAGGUGUGUGUUCGAAAGAUAACCUCUUGGACUUGGAAUUUCUAUUUUUUUUCUUUUUUGAAAUUAAAACUUCAGAUGGGGCUUUUAUAAACUCAAAUAAAAAAAAGAACAAUCAGUCCAAAAAUAAAAUAAACAAGAGCAUGAAAUAGGCCCAAGUUAAAAAGGCCUAUAUCAGAAAAAUUGAAUCUAAAAGAUAAGAAAAAUCUAGACUAAAAUAAUUAUAACCGAAGAUUUUCCCAAUCAGAAAAUCCUGACGCCUAUCACUCUAUCUUUCUGUCAUUCCGUUCUUCAAGGCAUUUUCAUUUAGGAGGGGAGUUUUAAUCACCGAAAAAACACUCCAUCUGGUCAUUUUGAAACAUUUUCCCUUCUUUCUUUUCAUCUUCUUUCAUCUUCAAUCUGGUUCUCGCUCACUGUUAAUUACUUUCUGCUAUUCUGCAUAUCGAGGAACUCAUUCAACCAGUGACCGCUUCUGCUGCGAAGGCGGAGGGAACUUCUUGAUGAAUUUCUAAGCAAGAGAAGAGAACAACCCCUUCUCUGUUUCUAAUCACUAUCCCUGAAGCCGAUUGGAAGUGUCUCGCAUCAUAUGCUCCAUCAAAGUUUAUUUUCACUCCCUGUCCCGAUUCAAGUGUUUCUGUCACCCCAGAUGGCCCAUAACACACAACCAAUUAGUCUGCAUUGAGAGGGAGAGUACUGGGCAAAGAUCUAGGGCAUUCGCAAAAAAGAUGAUCCAUAGUUUCGGCUCCUACACCACAACAGGGACAAUUUGAGUUGUUGACUAGCUUCCUGUGCUGCAUGUUGACUCGUGUAGGCACGCAAUUCCAUCAGAGUUUCCAGAUUGUAAUUUUUAUUUUUGUAGGCAGAUUUAGAAGCCAUAUUUUUUUGUAAAAAUCCCUGUAGAUGGAUUGUAAAGUGUAAGCUCUAGGAUUUGAAAUCUGUAAUAGUUUGUAGGCACUCUGAACUGAAAACUCUCUCGAAGGCUCACCGCUCCACACCAUGAAAUCAUCGUGAGGCCCUCUUGUCAGAGGGAUACGGAGGAUACUUCCAGCUGCUUCUUCCAGAAAUGUAUUAACAAUUAGCUCAUUUUUCCAUUUCUGUUCAUCGCUACUGAUCAAAUUGGAAACUUUAAAGUUUGUCAUAGUAAAAGUAACUGAAGAUAAUCUAAAA